GUUUCGAACAACGAAGCAAGAGUUUCAAUCGAUCGAAUAACAACAUAAUCCAACCGUCGUAUCGAAGAGCAGAGAAUACUUACCAUUCAGCUGGUUGGAAUUGAGUCAUGGUCUCUUCUUCUGUCCUCUUUCCCAACCGAAUCGCACAGCUCCGGUAUUCCUUGCGAACUCUGGCGGGCCAUAACAAUCCAGCUCCCGUGAUUUCUUGCAGGCCGGAGAACAGCUGCGAUCGCAGAAUAUCCCACUCACCCCGAUGCUCGGCAGGAAAUAAUGCAUUUUAUUGGAAACAACAACCGCGGCGACCAUUGUCAAUCCGAGCCAUUGCCACAGAAAGUUCCCAGCAGCAGCAGCAGCAGUUGAAUAUAAAACAACGUCACGAUCGGCACAGACAUUUUUCUUCUGCUACACAAUCUUCUUCCGAAGACGAAGAGUAUGACGACGACAAGAACAACAAUGCUCCCAAACUGCGAAAAUCGAAAUCUAUCAUAGAUCCAAACGAAGUCGAGAGCAAGCGGCGCAAAGUGAACGAUGUAAGUUUGCUGGUUUUCAAUCAGCUGCGUCUGUGUGCUAAUUAUAAUGCUUGCCUAGAAUCAUAGUACAUUUUGGAUUGCUUUGUGAACGAAUCGAGUUUCGAAUAUUGUUUUCUUUAUCACUCAGUUCUAACACGCUAACACUUUUUCUGAAAUGCAACGAAUCCAAACACACGAUAGGUUCCUAUUCGGGAAGUAUUAGACGUAAGUCCAUGUUUUUGUAUCCAACCAUUUAAUUCUUUCGAUUGCAAUCAACUCAAGUCUCUCUGAUAACAUCUUUUGUCUUUACUACAUGUACGGGAUCAUGUGAUAUACUUGGUAUCUGAAUGGAUUGAAAUAAAUAAUGGAAAUCGUACAGGCAAAACAUUCCUUUCGUUGGUUGAAUCCGAUAAUUAGUCAAGAUGCGACGAUUCGAGAUGCGGUCCCAACAGUUAUCGAAGGCGGUUUGUCUGGCAUGAUGGUGGUAGAAGGAAACGACAACCAACGUGUUGUAGGACUGUUGACGUCCCGAGAUUUGUUGCGAAUGAUGGCAGCGGGUUUCAAGGAGGACGGUWUGAGCGACACGGAAAUUUUGGACAGCGUUGUGGAGGAUUACAUGACACCUAUUUCACAAGUCAUUUAUGCAAGAC